AUGGCUCCAGGUGCCGGCGGCAAGAGGAAGAAAGUCGAUAGGUCAUGGUCCACUGACUCCACGAACGACGGUCAACGGCCUUCUCCCCAUCGCCCCGGCAAUCUCAUCAUGGCGCAACAGAACCACGGCUCGCAUUCCCCCCAGGCUCGGGAUUUCUCUGAUGGGCGGGGAAGGGCACGGAGACAGUCUAGUCGCGGUGGAAGACACAAUGCGGGUCGAGUGCCGAGCAACGAUGGUCAAAAUUUUACGAGUGGUCGAAGGGACACAGAGCCCACUGGUAGAGAAGCGUCGGAGCAAGUGAAAACCAACGGAGCAACACCGUCGUCGCAGCCACAAUCAUCUCAAUCACCUUUACCCCCCGCGGCUUCAGUUCAACCCCAUUCGCAGUCACAGCAGCCGUCGCAAACCCAAACACAGUCACAGUCAACCCCAACACCGCAGACGGAGAUGUCGCCGGCCGUGCCCGCACAACCACCGAAGAAACCUCUACCGCCUUAUCGAUAUGACUACAUAUUGGAUGAUACGAGGAACAACUGGGCGGCAGGUGGAAGACAGACGAUUGUUGAGCGCGGGGUACAGGCAAGGAAUGACGAAGAUAUCGUGACCCUUGCCUCUGUCUACCAGGAGCUCAUUCGCUGUGCUCUUGAUGGACGAUUACCUGCCGAAGAAGCUGGUGCAACAAUCAAGGAUAUCAUUGGGGAUGAGGUUGCCGCUGACGAUGUUGACAUGCAUAGCCAGGAGCAGCCGUCGGCCUCCCUCGAUACCAGCACUUUCUUCCUCGAUACCCUGUCUAUCGUGACUGAUUCAGACACCACAAAUCAUGCGCUCAAGCCUCUAGUAUUCUCCACCGGAAUCAACCCUGCCCUUAUGCGCCUGCAACUCGAAACACCUCUAAUUCAGUCGCUUGGUCUUGUGCAAAACACAUUUGCGCGUAUGGGAAUCCGGAAGCAGACGAAUCUUCUUUAUCGGCAAUCAAAUUACAACCUUCUUCGCGAGGAAUCUGAAGGCUAUUCUAAGCUACUAACAGAACUUUUCACAACGAGCAAUAAUGAGCCCCCUACCGGCGAAGUCGUCGAGGAUACAUUCGAAAGGGUAAAGGCGAUGAUAGGUGCCUUUGAUAUGGACGUCGGCCGUGUACUUGACGUUACGCUUGAUGUUUUCGCAGCUGUAUUGGUCAAGCAAUAUCGCUUUUUCGUUAAGCUUUUACGGGCAAGCUCCUGGUGGCCCAAAGAGGACGCAUCCCAUGGCAGUGAUGGGAGAUCGCGAGAUUCUGGGCUUCCGAAUUGGGCUUUACCAGGGUCACCGAUAUGGUCAACAACCGACGAAGAACGUGCUGCAGCCACGGAAGCGAACUCCCAACGAGAUCGAGAAUUCUGGGAUCGGGUUCGCGAAGUCAAGAUCCGAGCCUUCUUCGAGAUAGGUCGCAGACCAGUGUCGGAAGCGGAACUCAAGCAAUUGAUCCCCGAGUCCAAUAACUUGACCCCAGAGGAAAUCGACACCCGCAAAUGGAUCCAACAAACAGGCACACUACCACCUAAAGGAAGCAGAGUAGCUGCACAACUCCUGGGUUUCAAGCUCCGUUUCUACUCCUCUCCUGCGCGGGCCAAAUCAGAUGUGCUUCCGGAUAACCUCAUCUAUCUCGCUGCAUUGUUGAUCAAAGUCGGCUUUAUCUCCCUUCGUGACCUUUACCCUCACCUCUGGCGGCCUGACGAUUCUAUGGACGUGUUAAAGGAGGAGAAGCUGAAGGAAAAGGCUGAGAGGGAGAGGGCAGCGCGACCCGGUGGUGGAAUGAAUGCUCUUAUGGCUGCCGGCGCUCUUUCAGACGACACCUUACCUAUCCCACGGAUUAGAGAGUCCGAAGCUCGGUCAUCAACUCCGGGGAAGGACCAAGAGGCGGAGAAGGCAGCUGCAACAAAAGCGGAGGAGAGUGACCUACCUGAGCCAUCAGAUCAAAAGGUACUUCUCUUGAAGAGCCUACUCACGAUUGGUGCCAUCCCUGAAUCCCUAUUUAUUUUGAGCAAAUUCCCUUGGCUCAUGGACGUCUAUCCUGAGCUUCCCGAAUACAUACACCGUAUCCUUCAUCACUGUCUAAGCAAGGUCUAUGCUUCCGUGCGCCCUCUACAACCGAUCGAUGAGCUUCGAGACCAGAAGCAAAUACCGAGUCAUGACCAGGCAGGCGUGCCGAAGGGCCACAUCAAACUAAUCGAGGCGCCCCAGAGACGGACACUGCGAUGGGCUCAGCUGGAUAAGGAAGACACGAACGAUGGAACUGACUAUAGGUUUUACUGGGAUGACUGGUCCGACAACGUUCCCAUCUGUCAGUCGAUUGACGAUGUCUUUGCUCUUUGCGAGUCGUUCCUAAACAUAUCUGGGCAUAAGAUCGGACAAGAUUCCAGCCUGCUAACGAAACUGGCCAGAAUUGGGAAGUACAGCCUCGUUAAUGACGACUCCAUUGAAAACAGGGCACGAUGGCAAGAUUUGUGCAAACGACUAUUGGUCCCUGCUAUCAGUCUUACCAAGGCGAAUCCUGGCGUGGUGAACGAAGUUUUUGAUCUCAUUAGCUUUUUCCCUCGGGAUGCUCGGUAUAAUAUGUAUGCUGAGUGGUACUUCGGUCAGACUUCUCGACUCCCUGACAUACAAUCUGCCUUCGACCAAGCGCGAGCGGAAACCAAAGAUGUCCUCAAACGACUGAGCAAGACCAAUAUUCGUCCAAUGGCUCGUGCGUUGGCCAAGAUUGCCUACGCAAACCCUGGUAUCGUCAUUAAUGUUGCCAUCGGCCAGAUCGAGUCGUACGAAAACCUUAUCGAAGUUGUUGUGGAAUGUGCGCGUUAUUUUACAUACCUUGGCUACGACAUACUUACCUGGGCGCUGAUCAGCUCCCUUGGGCAGAAGGGCCGCAGCCGAGUCCAGGAGGGUGGUCUGCUCACAAGCCGUUGGCUCAAUGCCUUGGCCACCUUUGCUGGUAGAACGUUCAAGCGGUAUUCAGUGAUGGACCCGAGCCCAGUGCUGCAGUACGUUGUUGAGCAACUGCGCCAAAAUAACUCCACGGAUCUUAUCAUCUUAGAACAAAUGAUCAGUUCGAUGGCCGGCAUCAUCACCGAUUCGAACUUUAAUGAUUCUCAAAUCCAGGCAAUGGCCGGUGGUGAAAUCCUGCAAUCGCAAACCAUCCUACAAUUGCUGGACAAACGACACGAAUCAAAAACCACAUCGAAGCGGCUUAUGAAAUCGCUUACAACCUCAAAACUUGCUGGCCAGUUGCUCAUCGCGAUAGCACAAGAACGACUCACCUGCAUCUUCAAGGAAUCGGAGACUUCCUCUGAGCUCAAGUUACUGGGUAACAUAUUUGAUGAGAUCCACCGUAUCUUGGCCCAGUACCUGGAUCUCCUCCGCAGCAACCUGUCAGUGGAGGAUUUCGACUCGUUUGUUCCUGACACUGCGUCUCUCAUCAGAGAUUUUGGCAUCCAGCCUGAGAUCGCGUUCUGGAUUCGACGCCCUAGCGUCGCGCACAAGGUUAUUGAUUUGGAAAAGACAUCACAGGAUACGACCAGCGCAGCUAAGAAAGAGAGCCAAGAUGUCCCUGCUCUAAAGGCAGAGGUUGAAAAGAUGGAGGGCACUGAUGAUACCGAAACCCCAAAAGCACCUGCCGAUGAAGGUCAAAUGGAAGUCGACGAAGAACAAACUGCUCAGGAUGCCGAGACAACUCUGGACCAAAAACCUUUCGAUAGCCCCGAAGCCCCUGAAUACCCGGCUCCUAACCCUGUGAUGCAAGACCUCCAGGAUCAAAUCAGGUCCGUGUUACCUGCGGAGACUUGGAGCGUAGUUGGGUUGCCUUUCUAUGUCACAUUCUGGCAACUCUCAAUUUACGAUGUUCAUAUUCCUCAAAAAUCAUACGAAGAGGAGAUUGAGCGAUUGAAAAAGAAGGUGGUCUCGAUCGGCAAUGAUCGCUCCGAUAUCAGUCUUGCAGGGACCCAGAGAAAGGAGAGAGAGAAGAAGCAAACCACUCAGCUUCAGGACCGGAUACUGGAAGAGAAUAAAGCGCACCUUGUGGCGUACGGCCAAACAAGACAAAAGCUACAAAAGGAAAAGGAGGGUUGGUUUGUUGGUAUGCGGGGAAAGGCCGAUCUGCUACAUAUCGCUCUGUUGGAGCAGUGCUUUUUGCCGCGUCUUCUUUUAUCCCCUAUCGACGCGUUUUACUGUUUCAAGAUGAUGAAAUUCCUUCACACAACUGGGGCCCCCAAUUUCCGCACCGUUGGUCUUCUGGACCAGCUGUUCCGGGAGCAGAGGCUCACAGCAUUAAUUUUCCAGUCCACCUCGAGGGAAGCCGAUAAUCUUGGUCGUUUCCUGAAUGAGGUCCUUCGCGACCUUGGGCGCUGGCAUGCCGACAAGGCUGUCUACGAGAAGGAGGCGUUCGGCACAAAAAAGGACCUCCCCGGUUUCGCUAUGAAUGUUGACCCUGAAGGCAAGCCUACGACCUUUCUCGACUAUGAAGACUUCCGUCGCCUGCUGUAUAAAUGGCACCGUCUCCUAUCUUCUGCCCUGAAGAUCUGUCUGAAUGGGGGCGAGUACAUGCACAUCCGCAAUGCCAUCAGUGUUCUAAAGGCCGUCGUCCAGAACUUCCCGGCUGUCAACUGGAUUGGUCGAGACAUGCAUACAAGCGUGAAUAACCUUAGCCAAAAUGAUGAGCGAGACGAUGUGAAGAUUCCUGCUGCCUCCCUGAUUGGUGAUCUCAACCGUCGUGAGAAGAAAUGGAUGCUACCCCAGGCUUUUAUGAUCGCCAACCAGCCAGUCCCUGGAAAGGGCAGUCAAUCAACUGGGAGAGCAACUCCUUCUCGGCCUGACUCGACAACUCCCACUCCUUUCAAUGCUGCUGCCCCAGAGUUCAAGCCCUCUGGUGAGACUGAAUCAAAGAGUGCCGCCAGAGUGGAGGGAGCUACGAGACAGGAAGUUGAGGAUGGAGAGAUCGAGGAUGCUAAAAUGGCAGAUGCGCAAAAAGAUGGAUCGAGUGCGCAGCCACCGGCUCAAAAGCCGGCCGAACCAGAACCGCAACAGACAGACAAAGCAGCUAGCGAAGCCCCAGCUAAUGAGAACCGUCUGACAGGUGGUCCUGAUACAACAACGAAGGAAGCGCCCAGCAAUACCACUCGUAAGGGUCAGACUGGAGGAGCCGCUAUGCCUCAUUCACGGCCCUCCCCUGCGUCUGCUGCGAAUCAAGCUCCUAGGGGCCCUGAGUCUCGAAGGCAAGCGAAUCUCCCAAAGCCGCUUGAAUCGGACCGAACACCAGGCGGAAGCCAGGUCUCGCGUUCUCAGCAGCAUACACCAUCUCACCCUUACCGGGACGAAAGGGGUCUACCGCCACGACCGGAUCUUCUAGAUGACCGACGAGACCGUCUACCGGAUUAUGGUCGGGGUGGUCGUUUGCCCGGCGAUCGGGAUUUCAGUCGCUCAUUCGAACCGCCUAUCAAUGACAGCAGGGGCUUCGGCCGCCUGGAUAGGGAUCUCUCUUUCAGACCACCUAUAGACGAACCAUUCCGUGCGCCCUAUCGUGAACGUACUGGCCGGCCCCGCCCUUCAGACCCUCGCGAGGGUCUUCCCGGUCCAAGACCUGGUCCGCAGACGCAUCCUGACCGUGCAGACCUCAUUCACGAUAUUUCAGAUAAACCAGGCGACGGCUAUCGCCGUGGAGAACCAAUGCGUCAGGAAAGGGACGAUCGGCGGUCUCUGCCCACAAGGCCUCUAUCUCCCAAUCCUGAUCUUCCCAAUCGCCCGGAACGAUUCCCUGAUAUUCGCAAGCCUCAGAGUCAUAACCAGCCUCCUCGCAGCGAUGAAACACCAAGGGGUCCGCGCAGUGACCGACUACCUCCAACUUCUAUGGAAGGUCCGGAUUAUCGCGAUUUAGGCCGUGGCCCUGAUCCUCUUGGAGGACGACCGCGUCAAGCUGAUCUAAUGCCUGAUAUACCCUCCGGACCAAAAAGCAGACUUCCGUCUAAUCGGGGCGGGCGAAACGCGCCAGCGUCCCACCCUGGGUCGGGCCCUCCUGGUAGUGGACCUGCAGUGACUGACCGUCCGCCGCCAACAGGCCCUGGGCGCCAGGGGAUGCGGAGUGACGAGCCUCCUGCUGACGCUUCAUCCCCUACCGCUGAUAAACUGGAAGCAAGUGGAAUCCACCCUGAUCGACUCAAGGCCUUGCAAGGACAAACUUCGGACAAGGUGCACGGAUCCAGCCCGCGUUCCAACCUUCCACCACCCCCACCGGCUAUUAUUCCUCCUUCGGGGCCUCGUGGCGGAACUGGCCCGGGUUCAGGAUCGUCACCCCUGACUCGUGGGCCUCCAGGCGGCCCAGGCUUCAACGACAGGCGGUUUGCGAAUCUGAACAACGUUCUUCAGCAGUCUAUGUCUAUGACACCUGCAGCAGACCGUGGGAUCGGUCCAACUAUACGGGGCCGUGGUGCCAAUCGACAGUCCGCAAGCGCUCAAGCGCAAUUACCGCAGUCAGCUAGACUACCGCCCCCAGGGGCCGAGGAUGGGCCCCGCUCCGGGAUGCCGACCCAGAAUAAACCCGAUCUUCUUAGCGGAAGGCUAUCUGGACAGCCUGAAGGCGAUGGGCAUCCUAGAAGUCGGCCGAGUGGCGGCGGUCGUCACGAGUCUACUGAUGACAUUAACCCUGAUGGUCGCCGGUUACAACGCUAUUCGACCGGAGGUAGCUUCUCUCACGACCGAGAACGGGAAGCCGAACGAGAGCGGGAUCGUCGUGGCGGUGAUAAUGACGGGUCACGGAGCAGCAGCCGACGAGAAGAUGGACGAGAUCGCGCCCGCGAGCGGAGCCGUAGGAGUGAUGUGCCAUCAGGAGCCCCUCGGGAAGAACAUUACGAAUCUCGCGAAGCGUCCCGCCGCGGUGUUGGGCCUCGUGAGGACCGGCGGCGCCGUGAUCGUGAUGCUGGCCCAGACCCCUCCCAAGAGCAUGAAGGGCGCCUCCGUCCUCCCUCUUCGCACGGCGGACAACCCCCUCCACCACCACCUCCUCCUCCGCCCCCUCCCGGUGGACCGGAUGAAGAACGACGCUGGAAUAACAGCGGUCGGGAACCUCGAGACCGCGAGCGCGACCGCAGGGGUGACCGCCAGCGCGAUCGCAACUAUAAUCGCGAAAGCGGCAGUGGAGGCGGGCCUCACCGCAAACGCGGACGACCAGGGGACGAAGGCGGACAUAGUGAUGGAAGCAGCCGAGGGGGUGGACGCGGCGCAGGCAGCGACAACAAGCGUGCUCGACGUGGAGCUUGA